UUUCAGCUGUGCAUUGUACGGGAAAAGACCUAUAAUACUCGUAUUUUUCAAGGUCAAAUUUAAUUGAUUUUCUUAAAUAUGGAUCUGAUUUAUGUACUGGCCUUUGUGGGCCUGCUUUUGCUGUGGUUCUACAAGUGGGCCACUGCCAAGCAUAAUGAGUUUGUUGAUCGCGGAUUGCCAUUUGAGAAGCCUUUGAUCCUUGUUGGAAAUAACCUGGACAUUCUGAUGGGCAAGUGCUCGUUCCAAAAGCUACAAACCGAUUUCUAUGCUCGCACACGGCAACACAAACUCGUGGGAUUUUUCAACUUUAGUACACCAAUGAUUCAAGUGAACGAUCCAGAGAUUAUUAAAAAAAUUACUGUCAAGGACUUUGAGCAUUUUCCCAAUCACCAGCCAUUCUUUACAACUACAGAACGUCUUAUUAACGAUAUGUUGAGCUUAAUGAAGGAUCAAAAAUGGAAGCAUAUGAGAAAUACUCUAACUCCGGUCUUUACCGCCGCCAAAAUGCGCACUAUGUUUGGACUGAUGAACGAGAGUUUCGCCGAGUGUAUGGAGCAUCUGGAAAACCAGGGAACAGCCAGUAAAAGUGGUGAAGGCUUUGAACUGGAAAUGAAGGAAGUUUUCAAUCGAUUGUCCAAUGAUUUGAUUGCCACAACUGCCUUUGGACUUAAGGUUAGCUCCUACAAAACACCGAAUAACGAGUUCUUCAAAAUUGGCCAGUCCGUGGCAUUCUUCCGGGGCAAAGCUAUGUUCAAGUUCAUGUUGUCAUCCACAAUGCCCCAAAUCUUCAAGCUGCUUGGUUUCAGUAUUUUUGAUACGGACAAAACUGAAUAUUUCACUCGUCUCGUUGUCGACGCGAUGAAGCAACGUGCGGAGAAGAACAUUGUGAGGCCAGACAUGAUCCAGUUGCUUAUGGAGGCCAAGAAGGAGUCCACGGAGAAGUGGACCGACGAUGAGCUUGUGGCACAAUGUUUCAUCUUUUUCUUUGCGGCUUUCGAGAACAAUGCCAGCUUUAUUUGCACCACAGUCUAUGAGUUGCUCCAGAAUCCUGACAUACAGCAGCGUCUCUAUGAAGAGGCCAAGGAAACCCAAGAGUCCCUGAAGGGAGAACCGCUCAACUAUGAUGCGGUAAUGAAGAUGAAAUACAUGGACAUGGUGGUGUCCGAAUCCUUGCGAAAGUGGGCACUUGCAGCUGCCACCGACCGAGUAUGCUCCAAGGACUACACUCUACGCGAUGACGAUGGCACUGUGCAAUUUGAGUUCAAGAAAGGUGAUCGCAUCAAUAUACCCAUCAUAGGUCUGCAAUGGGAUGAUCGUUACUUCCCCCAGCCCCAAAAAUUCGAUCCAGAACGUUUUAGCGAUGAAAACAAGGACAAUCUGGUACCCUACACCUAUUUACCCUUCGGCGUAGGACCUCGUAAUUGCAUUGGCAAUCGUUACGCUCUGAUGCAGGCUAAGGCCAUGAUAUACAAUCUGUUGCUAAAGUAUAGAGUCGAGAGGUCCCCCAAGACAGUCAACGAUCUGAUGAGUGACUCACGGGGUUUCCAGCUCACUCCCAAGAGCGGUUACUGGGUGCACUUGGUGCCCAGAUGAAGAAUUGACUUGU